AUGGACCCCUUGACAGUAAUCGGCCUUUUCUCUAACAUUAUCGGGUUCGUUGAUUUGGGAGUGAAACUAUUCAACACCACAAAGGAAAUCUACGACUCCGCCUCCGGGACUCCUGACAGUGCAGCUAGCUAUGAAUUUAUUGCGGAAAAAAUGCAGGAAUUUACCAACCGUCUUAUCCCACCUGGUGAGACUGUAUCUGAUAAGGAUAGGGCCAUAUGCGAUCUUGCAAAGAAGUGCAGGAGUUUAGCACAGGAUAUUCGGACGCUGUUCGCCAAGACAAAGCCUCGGGAUCCCAAGUCACGAGGCCAGAGCUUUAUCAGUGCGAUUAAAAUGGCCAAAUACAAGAAGAGAAGAGAAGAACUGCAGUCCCGGUUGGCCACUUGUCAGCAGCAGUUGGAAAUGCACUUGAAUUACGCCACAAGCUCUAAGAUCCAGAGAGAUUUGAAUGCGUUGAUCACUAGUUCUAAAGAUGACAGCAAUCUCAUUUUGCAGCUACAGAAGCGAGUCGAGGAUCUUCAUCAGAAUGUGAACAAUGCAUUUUCCGCAAGAGGCCAAGUCCAACUAGGAGGUCUGCUACAAGUUUCAGAAGGCUCUUAUAACACCUUCCUCAGCAAAUAUUUGCUUUCUGACCUUCGGUUUGACAGCAGGGACACACGGUUCGGCGAUGUUGCUGAGCCACAUGAUGACACAUUUCAAUGGAUCUUCGACGAUGACUUAAACGCCACCCAUAUGCUUCUGCAUCGGAAUCAAUUUCACCAAUCCUUCAAUUCCUGGCUGUCAUCAGGCGAUGGGAUCUUCCAUAUCUCUGGUAAAUUAGGAUCAGGAAAGUCCACGCUAAUGAAGUUGCUCUACCACGACUAUCGCACCCAGGAAAGACUGAUGGAAUGGGCUGGUGAUCGUGAGCUUAUCAAGGCCCAGUUCUUCUUUUGGAAGCCAGGCUCGAAACUUCAAAAGUCGAUGGAAGGUCUUCUUCGCGCGCUACUUUAUGAAUGUCUCAUGUCGGUGCCCGAGCUUGUGGCGGAGACUCUGCCUAAGCAAUGGAGUGAGAUCAAGUCGACACCAUUGCAGAUGCACAGAAAGGUUCAAUUUCCAUUGGAUGAUCUCCAAACGGCCUUUGACCGUUUGGUAGAUCGUGGGGUUGAAGGCUACCGAAUUUGCUUUUUCAUCGACGGACUAGACGAGUACGAUGCCCCUUUACACGACGACUACCUGGCUAUGGUUGAGAGACUCUGUCGCUGGAGUCAAUUGUCCGAGGGAGAGAUAAAAUUCUGCGUGUCCAGUCGAGAACACAACGUCUUCAUGAAUCAUUUCCCAGACAGCCAACGGAUCUGCAUGCAGGAUCUUACUCGACCCGAUAUGGAACGUUUCAUUCGCGAUAAAUUCGAAUUGACAGAGCAACAGAAGAAGCUCGAACCGCUAGUGGAACUGAUUAGUGAAAAGGCCAAUGGGGUAUUCCUUUGGGUUGCUCUGGUUAUAAGACGAUUGCGCGAUUUGAAUGAAAGGGAAGAGGCCACAUUAAAAAGACUGAAGAAAGAGAUUGACGAUAUCCCCGAGCAACUCGAGGAUCUUUUCAAACAUCUCCUUCAGUCCAUCCACCGUUCCGAUCGGAAGCGGGCGUAUCGAACAUUUGCGGUUCUCCAGAAGUUGAAUGAGGAAGAUUUGCCAUAUGUACACUUCCCACUUGCGGCCUACUGCUUUAUCGACGACUGUUUGGCAGACCAACCAGAUGAAACUAUACCUACACUACACGAAUUGGAUGAAAUGUCUAAGAAUGAGAAACUGACACGGGGACGCAAGAUGCUUAUGGGUAGCUGUAUGGGCCUUGUUGAACCAACAAGGAUUAUCUCCCUCAUAGACGAUGAUUUCCAGGAGUGGGGAGUCUCCUUCACGCACCGCUCUGUCCCAGAAUUUCUACAAUCAGUCCAUUCACAGGAUUGGGAAGAGCAUCUGAAGGGCUUUUGUCCAGAGGGUGCCAUCUCCUGGCUACUCUUGAUCUAUCUACGGGACAAGAACACCAUGUGGUACAAGAAGUCUGGCUACGAGCAACCGAGUUGCAUAAGCCAUUAUAUCAUGGAUAUCAGACAAAAGGCCAAUAUCAGCAGAGAACCAUUCUUUCUCGAGGAUCAAUUAGAGGCAACUCUUGUCCGACACGGAUGCGCAGAUAUCAGAGAAGAAGAUGACUAUGGUAAACUACACAUUGCCAGCCUGAAAGAUGCUGCGUUUUACUUUAUUGGGACCCUCAAUCCGCAGUCUGACCGAGUCUUUCGGAUAUGUAAUCCUUUAUACCUCGCUGCCUUUGUGGGAAAUACUGCAUAUGUCAUAUGGAAAACAACCCAAGACCCAUCAUGCAUACAGAAUCCUUUGACCAUUCCGAUUCUACUCUACUGUCAUUACUACAGCUUUAUGAGGGGAAGAACAACCGAUAGCAUACAUGGAGUGAAUUUACCACUUCAUCAUCUCACCACACCGACCAGUUUAUCGCCCUGCGUACACCCCAGACUCUCGAUAUCGGACAAGGGUGCCAAGCUUAGCGUCUGGCAACACCUGGUCCUUGGACUUGUCGCGGGGUUCCAAAUGUUGCCCGAGGAAACGGCCGCAGAAGAUAUAUUUUGGGAAAGAUUUUUAGAAACCAGAGCUGAUACCUACUUGGCCAUAUCAUCGACAUCCAAAAGGAAGUGGGGAAAGCAUCCUGUGAAGCUCAUCGUUGGAAAGGAAAGGCGUCAAGUGGAUCUUUCAAUAGAUCUUAACACUAGAGGAAUAGGGCACUUACUGGGGUUGUUUGACCGGGGUGGUGUCUGUGAAAUUACACUGGCCCAGAUAUUCGAUCAAUGCGGCAUUCCAAAUCGAGACAAGCUGAUUUCGUUGGUUGAGCAUAACAAUCGUCUUUCAUCGGAGGAAUCAGCCAGAGCUGAGAGGGAUGGAUCGACACAGCCAAUCUCUCGAGAUGACACUCCCAGAGACAAUUCUCAAUCAGUAAACCAGCUUUCAACAUACAACAGAGCCAGCAAGAACAAAAACUGA